CAGUGUGGGUAGGUGCCAAAUCCUGCUGGAAAAUGAAAUCAGCGCCUUUAAAAAGCUGAUCAGCAGUGACUUUGGUUUUCAAAAUAUACAAUGGACCAACACCAGCAGAUCACAUUUCACCCCAAAUCAUCACAGACUGUGGAAACUUAACACUGGACUUCAAGCAGCGUGGGCUUUGAGCUUCUCCACCCUUCCUCCAGACUCUAGGACCUUGGAUUCCAAAAGAAAUACAAAACUUGCUCUCUUCUGAAAAGAGGACUUUGGACAACUGGGCAACAGUCCAGUUCUUCUUCUCAGCCCAGGAUGUCUGUGCUGCCAUGGUUGCUGGCGCUGGCUUUGACGUCACAGUCCACAUCCACUAACACCACCUUCACCUGCCCUGUCCACUGCACGUGUCACCAGGAGCUUAAAUUUACCUCCUGUUCCAGUGCCAAUCUCGCAGACCUGCCCUCCAUCAUCCCUUCUUACACCAAACACCUCAACCUUUCGUUCAAUCACUUGGUCUUCAUCAGGAAACAAGCUUUCCACAACGUACGGUGCCUGCACACACUGUUUCUGAACGAUAACCAGAUCAGCAGCUUGUAUGACGGCGCCUUUGAGCCCCUCGACUCCCUCCUGAGGCUCGACCUGAGCCGCAACCACAUCUCCGUCCUCUCCGAAGGCUUCUCGUUGGGUUUGGUUUCCCUACGGGAGCUGUCUCUGAUGGAGAACCAGCUCUCGAGCCUGAACGAGCAUGGGUUCUCGCACCUCGACGCUAUUCAGAAGCUCGACCUGCGGCACAACUCUGUCAGACACAUCCACGUCAGGGCAUUUAGCUCCCUUAGCACGUUACGCCGCAUGUACUUGGAUCACAACAAUAUCAGUACUCUCGAAUACGGGGUUUUCUCCAUGAUGAGGAACCUGGAGGAGCUCGGGCUGAGCGGAAACAACAUUGGGAAACUGGAAGUGGGUGUCCUUUCUCCGCUAACCAGCUUAGCACUACUUAAUUUAACCGAUAAUAAUCUAACCCACGUGGACUUCAAGGCGUUUCUCAGCCUGCACACGCGCAGCACGCACAUUCAGCUGCGUGGGAAUCCGUGGACCUGCGACUGCGAUUUGCAGAGAAUAUUUCGGAAAGUUCACAGCACCAUCAGGCUGCAGCUGGACGACUACAAGAACCUGAGCUGCAAUCUGCCCAAGGAGCUGCACGGUUACUCUCUGCAGGACGUCGACAACGGGUUGUGUUUCGCUGAAACGGUCACCGUACUCAUCAUCACCGUCACCGUCAUGAUCACUGUUGUAGCGGCCAUCAUCAUGGCGGAGAAAAAGAGGAAGAAAUCGAAUAAAGGGAAGCACUGGACAGAGGUCAGCGAGGUCUCAUGCGACUCGCAGAACUGAGAAGGAAGACUGAGAUUUCUCACAUUUUUACUGAUUUUACUCAGCACUCCAAUUAAAUCUUAAAUCUUUGAUGUAUUUAGUCAUUUGUGCAGUUUGAGUCAUUUAAUUAAAUUGAACAAUUUGUGUCAUUUGGCAUAUUUGAGUCAUUUGAUCCAUUUUAGAGAUUUGAGCCAUUUGACAUAUUUGGGUCCUUUGACUCAAUUGAGGAAUUUGAGUCAUUUGGCAUAUAUGAGUCAUUUGGUGCUUUUAAGUCCUUUGACUCAAUUGAGGAAUUUAAAUAAAUUGAGUGCUUUGACUCAUUUAAGGGAUGUGAGUCAUUUGGUGUAUUUGAGUCCUUCGAAUCUUUUGAGGGAGAGAGAAGUUAUUUGGCCUAUUUGAUUUGUUUAAGGGUUUUGAGUUUUUUUGCGUAUUUGAGUCAUUUGUUAUAUUUGAGUCACUUGUGUCAUUUUUUGCUAACUAGUGAUUAUUUAGCAUAUUAGUUAGCUUGAUUGUUGUUAGACGUGUCAGCUGUCAGGUACAGAUGGUGGAGUUGGAGUGAUAAAUCUCAUAUAGCAUUCAAAUGUUUUUAUACUUGUAAUACUCCAAAAGGAAACUGCAGCAGCCUGCAGAGGGAAAGUUCUGGUGCUGAGGUCUCCAGUGGAGUGGACUCUGAUUUUUGGAGUGGUGCUGGAAGAGAUGAAUGUGUAGAGGUGUUAGAGAGGCAUCUGGCGAGGUCAAUGCUGAAAUAGUUACUGAGUUCAUUGAAAGAAACACAGAACUGAUUCGUUCCCAUUCAGGUUCUUUAGAACACACUCUCGUUCCUCACACUGGUCUUAUAUUUUGCAUGAAAUAUUGGUUGAAGAGAAAUAGUUUCACAUAAUAACAUUAAA